AUGCACAAGAGUAGCAAGCGACACGGUGAGUUGACAGUCGACGAAGUUAAAGCAGCGGAGCUAAUCUGGAUUAGAGAAAGCCAAAGACGAAUGUUCUCAGACGAUAUAGAAAGUGUCAAGAAAACCGGACAAGUGAAGCGAGAUUCUCCGCUCCGUCAGCUUACACCAUUUUUAGACAAGGACGGCAUCCUCCGUGUUCGUGGGAGGAUCUGCAGAGCAGAUGGUGAUAACGAUUUCAGGCACCCUAUAAUUUUGAAUCCAAAAGACAGAUAUGUCAAAUUACAACUUAUGCAGUAUCACGUGGACUCAGCGCAUAAUGGACGCGAACGUGUGCUGCAUGAAGUGAGACGACGAUUCUGGAUAAUAAAUGGACGUAAUGCAGUAAAGACGACAUGGAAUGACUGUCAGUUCUGCAAGAACAGUCGUGCGAAGCCCUCGCCACCACUCAUGGCUGAUUUACCAGAUGUUAGAUUGAAGGAGGUCAGUCGACCUUUCACUUACACCAGGUUAGAUUAUUUCGGUCCAAUCAUAGUGAAGGUUGGACGUAGACACGAGAAAAGAUGGGUAGCACUAUUUACAUGUCUGACAGUUCGCUCUAUCCAUCUGGAGUUGGUUCACGAUUUGACAACCAGCUCCGUGUUGAUGAGCCUCAGACAGCUGAUAGCGAGACGAGGCUGUCCAAGUAUUAUUUUCAGCGACAACGCGACUACCUUUCGUGGGGCUGACCGUGAACUGAAGCGAGCUGUACAAGCUAUCGACAAAGACGAACUCAUCACCUUCGGUAGCAUCCGACACUUGGAGUGGCGAUUCAUAGCCCCUGACGCACCUCAUAUGGGUGGAUGCUGGGAGCGGCUCGUGAGAUCCGUCAAAACAAGCUUGCGAGUAACGCUCAAGACCAGAACACCUAACGAUCAGACAUUAAUGACACUCCUGGCUGAGGCCGAAUUCAUGGUGAAUUCAAGACCACUGACAUACGUACCUCUUGAUUUUGACGACGACUUGCCCUUGACUCCGAAUGAUUUUUUACUACCAAAGACAGAAUUUAUUGACCAUCCUUUCGGAAUGUUUACGGACCAUGAUUUACUGAAACGGACUUGGAGAGAAUCUCAACGACUUGCAGACUUGAUUUGGAAACGCUGGGUCAAGGAGUACUUGCCCACUUUGACACGACGAGACAAAUGGUACAGAGAUUCUGACAGACCACUGGCGAUUGGUGACGUCGUAGUUGUUGUUGACUCCCAGCUACCCCGCAACCAGUGGCCGCUUGGCAAGAUCGAGCAGGUCUUCCCUGGUAAGGACGACAUGGUUCGCGUUGCUAAAGUUCGGACCAGACAUGGACUCUACACAAGACCGGCGACGAAACUGUGCAGGUUGGACGUACACUCCUCAUCUUGA